UAUCAAUCCCAUUUUACCCGCAACAGAGGUGAGGGUUGUGACACUGCCAUGGGUGUCACGGAUGGGUGUCACGGGAGUGGCUGCCAAUCCUGACCCCCUCUCGAGAUCUCAUCUGUAGCCAUCAACCACACGGCAACAUGCCCAUAGGCAGAGACCAUCAUCUGGUCUCCAACUCGAAACGGAGCUAUAAACCUGCAGUUCGUAGAGCUGAAAACGAAGGAUACGCCUGGUUUCGAGGAAAACUGUACGAUGCCAAAGCUCUAGGCACAUGUGUCCGCUUGCCUCCCAAGUCUCGUAGAGCUGUGCCAGCUACACUCCCCCAUCCCCGCCCCACGCACCGACUUGAGGAACCGAGUACAUCUCUUUAGUUGGAAUUGCAGUAGCUUGGGGCAUGCUCAACUGGGAGAGAUUUUUGUGUGUGGCCACGCCACAGCUUGCCCUUCAAGAAAUCCGCUGGCAGGGCACGAAAGAGUGGUCUGAUGACACAUGACAUUUUGUUGCGGUAGGUGGGUCUCCCAGACUUUCCACGGGGGUCAUCAUUGCGGCUCGUAAGACCUUCUGUAGCCUGAAUCAACUCUCUUGGAGAAGCCUCUGGGACGGUAGGUUACUUCAUAUUCGGAUACAUUUUGACCGCCCCCUAGAUAUUCUGAACCUCUAUCAGAAGACCUACCAAGCUAAUCCCCAAGAUCUCAAACUUAGAGCUGAUGUGUUUCGAGCCCUGGACGAGUGCUUGACCUCCUUACCCACCCGUAACAACUUGCUUCUGGUUGGUGACUUCAACACGAGCUUGACCAAGUGUAGUCCCCAUGUUGGUCACUCGCAAUUUCUAGGAUGUGAUGAGCUGCCUACCACGGGUUCAUCCCAAGCCAUGGCCUUUGCGCACUUAACGCGAUGUGCCCAGGCCUUCCUGCCACGUUUCGAGGCAUUAAAGGCUCGUCAGGGCCGGAUUACACAACUCCUCACCGAGGCCGAGGAACUGGGCGAGGAUGGCGCGUUGGAGGCUGCCCUCAUGGAAGCCUUUGUUGCAUUCGAUUCAGACAAUGACGGAAAGUUGAUCGGCCAGGAGCUGGCCGUCUUGCUGGAGGUCUCUGGCCGAACCGUGCCGCCGGAGCUCUUGCAGGAGUUCCAAUCUAAGGACUUCGAGUGUGACUACGACGAAUUCACCAGGAUUUAUGCGCGAACGUGGCGCAACGAGCGCCUGGAGGAUGACGAGGAGUUCGAAGGCUCGGAUGAAGUUUGAGGUGAAGUUGAAGUCUCGGCGCUUCAGGUCCGUCACCGUGGUCGAGCCCGUGGUGGAGUCCCUCUGAACUUCGAGGGAUCCGCGCCAUUCUCCUUCAGCGCCGCUGG